AUGCGUCGGUGCGAUUUUAGGGUUUCAGAGUCGGCCAAGAAAAGAAAGUUUGGGUUUCGGAAGAGGAAGAGGAAGGUAAACGAAGAGGAAGGUCGGCGAGAUCUGGGUUUCGGAGUUGGGAAAAGGAAAGGGACGUCGUCGCCGAGAAAGGAAGAUCUCCGACGAAGAUACGUCGACGAUUCCGACGAAGAGAGGUUCGGCUUCGAAGUUGAGAAGAGAGACCACAUCACUGAUGUCCCAAUCGUUUACUCUCCUGAGUCUCCUCUUACCACCGGGUGA